CGCUGCAUUUGGCCCAAGCCCCGUCCAUGGCUGCCCUUGGGACCCUGCGCUGAGCCCCGGAGGCCCUGGCGUCCGGGGCUGCGCCACUCCCAAGGGACAAGCGUGAGUGUCGGGAUCCCAAGGACCGACGUGGGGGCGCGGGCGCCAGCCACGCGGACAUGAGGCGGAGGCUGCGCCUCCGCGGGGACGCGUCGCUCACGCUGCUCCUCGGCGCCGCCCUCGGCCUCCUUCUCUACGCACAGCGCGAGGGCGCGGUCCCGACGACAAGCGCCCGGCGAACGAAAGGGAAGGCAGCGCCAGGGCCCACUCCGGGACUCCGCGUCUUCCAGGCACCGGACGCAGGCGCAGCCCCGGCCCCGCUGGCCUACGAAGGGGACACACCGGCGCCGCCCACACCCACGGGGCCCUUUGACUUUGGCCGCUACCUGCGCGCCAAGGACCAGCGGCGCUUCCCCCUGCUCAUUAAUCAGCCGCACAAGUGCCGAGGAGAUGGCGCACCUGAAGGUGGACCCGACUUGCUCAUCGCCGUCAAGUCAGUGGCGGCGGACUUCGAGCGGCGCCAAGCCGUGCGCCAGACGUGGGGUGCUGAGGGUCGCGUGCAGGGGGCGCUCGUGCGCCGCGUGUUCUUGCUGGGCGUGCCCAGGGGCGCGGGCACAGACGGGGCAGACGCGGAGGGGGAGGGCACGCGAACCCACUGGCCUGCCCUGCUGCGUGCUGAGAGCCGCGCGUACGCGGACAUCCUGCUCUGGGCUUUCGACGACACUUUCUUCAACCUAACGCUCAAGGAGAUUCACUUUCUCGCCUGGGCCUCGGCCUACUGCCCCGACGUGCGCUUCGUUUUUAAGGGCGAUGCAGACGUGUUCGUGCACGUGGGGAACCUGCUGGAGUUCCUGGCGCCGCGGGACCCGGCGCAGGACCUGCUUGCGGGCGAUGUGAUUGUGCAGGCUCGGCCAAUCCGGGCGCGGACCAGUAAAUACUACAUCCCUGAGGCGGUGUACGGCCUGCCCGCCUACCCGGCCUAUGCGGGUGGUGGUGGCUUUGUGCUUUCGGGGGCCACGCUCCGUCGCCUGGCCGGCGCCUGCGCGCAAGUUGAGCUUUUCCCCAUUGACGACGUCUUUCUGGGCAUGUGUCUGCAGCGCCUUCGGCUCACACCCGAGCCCCACCCUGCUUUCCGGACCUUUGGCAUCCCCCGGCCGUCAGCAGCGCCGCACCUGCGCACCUUUGACCCUUGCUUUUACCGGGAGCUGGUUGUAGUACACGGGCUCUCGGCCGCCGACAUCUGGCUUAUGUGGCGCCUACUGAAUGGGCCCCAAGGGCUAGCCUGUGCCCAUCCGUGGCCUGUCGCUGCUGGCUCUUUCCAGUGGGGCCCCUAGCCACCUUCAUGGCCCCAAGCUCCCCUCACUCAGACCCAGGAUGAUUAUUGCCGUGUAUGUAGUUCUUUCCCAGAGGCGGAAGAUUUCAAAAAUCUAUCCCAUAUCACCAGAGGUCUGCCUCCACAAGUCCCCAGGGAAUUAAGAUUGAACUUGGCUCCUGCUGGCCUACCUUAUUCGGAGCUGAUCUAGAAC